CACUAGGACCCAGACAAGUGAGUGAGUAGGCAGGCAGAGUGGGGCUGAGUCACUGCAUGUGUCUGAGAGGCAGUCAGAAACAGAGCAGAGCAAGGGAGCAGAGGUGAUCUCACACUCAUCAGCACAGGAUAACACAACCAUGAUGGGUUGACUUGGGGGGAGGGGGGGCGGUUGGAGAGAGGAAGUGUGCAUUCGCCACCACUUGCUCAGCUAUGGAGACCAACAAAGUUCUUCAUUUUGUGCCUUCGGAGGCGCCUCCCUCUGGGAUGUCCAAGAAUGGAUACUUCUUUCAAGAAAUGGAGCAGCGGGAGGUGGAGCAGGAGGAGGGCAGCGAGGGCCGAGAGGAGGGACAAGAUUCGCCGAUCGCCUGCGGAGAUGACAUCCACCUCUAUGACAACCAGAUCAGCCCUGGGCCAGAAACUGACGAUUCUGGCUGUGUGUUACUCAAUACAUCAAGAAGGUAUGUGAAGCUGAUGAAUUUUGAGGAGGAGGUUCGGGCACACCGUGACCUGGAUGGCUUCCUGGCGAGGGCCAGCAUCUUGCUGGAUGAGACAGCCGCGUCCCUGGACGAUGUUCUGAAGAGAAUGUUGCACCACGUGGGCCAGGACAGCCAUGCUUUAGAGCCCGGGUGCAACUUCGAGGAGGUGAUGAGCAUGCUUUUCACAGAUGCAGGAGCACAGGAGGUCAACGACAAGUCUCAAAGUUUCGUUUUCUUUGAUGACGUUCACCUGCUUUCAGAGACGAUCCAGGGAGUUACAGCAACCGCCACAGGGGUCCAGUACCAGCAGUCCUGGCUUUGCAUCCUCUGCAACGUGAAGCAUCUCCAGAAACGUCAUGUGUGCAUCUCCCGCCUGGAGAGGCCACAAAACUGGGGGGAGAACUGCUGCGAGGUCCGCUAUGUCAUCCUGAUACUGGCCCCUCUCAAAAUGAAAAGUACCAAGACUGCGAUGGAGCUGGGUCGCACAUUCGCCACCCUCUUCUCCGACAUCUCCUUCAGGCAGAAGCUCCUGGAGACAAAGACACAGGAGGAGUUUAAGGAAGCGUUGGUGUUCCAGAGGCACCAGCUCACGGCAGCAAACCAGAAGCCAACGGCUCUGGGGAAGGAGGAGACUGACCCUCGCAGUCAUAAACCCCUCAAGUGUAAAGAUUUCUUCAAAGCUGGCCGGGGAAUUUAUGAGGACUUUUGCCGCAGGCUGCCUUUCUACCCCUCUGACUUCACAGAUGGUAUAGUUGGCAGUAAUAAAACCCUGCUGAAGUACAUGACCACAGCCAUCUUCCUCUACAUUGCCAUCCUCCUCCCUGCCAUUGCUUUCGGCUCCCUCAAUGAUGAGAGCACACGUGGCGAGAUCGAUGUUCGGAAGACCAUCAUUGGCCAGAGUAUCGGUGGGGUCAUCUACUCGUUGUUUGCCGGCUCUCCUCUAGUCAUCCCUCUAACCACAGCUCCCCUCGCCAUUUUCAUCAGCGUGAUCCGAGGAAUCUGUGACGACUACAACCUGGAUUUCCCAGCUUUCUACGCCUGCAUUGGGUUGUGGAACUGCCUCUUUCUCAUCCUGGGAGGAAUCUUCAAUGUCAGUCUGCUCAUGAAGCUCUUCAAAAGGUCAACAGAGGAGGUCAUUGCCCUGUUCAUUUCCAUUGCUUUUGUGGUUGAUGCUGUGAAAGGCACAGUCAAAAUCUUUCAUAGGUACUACCACGCUCCAACACUGGCCAACAGAAGCAUAGGGGACUUUCCUCAAGGUGGAGACCUGCUGGGGGGAAACAGGAGUGAGGUGGUCACGGGGUUUGCACUUACUGAAUCCUUCAUCCAGUGCAGUCGAGAGAGACCUGUCCUCUGCCUCCUGCUGAUGCUCGGGACAUUAUGGAUGGGCUAUACUCUCUACCAGUUCAAAAGGAGUCCGUUCCUGCAUGCCAAAGUGAGGGAGGUGCUGUCGGACUGUGCCCUGCCAAUCUCAGUGCUCAUGUUCUCCUUCAUCGGCUCCUACAUUUUCAGUGACAUUGAACUUCCAGUGUUUAAAGUUCAUAACCGGCCCACCUUCAACGUGGCACCAUUUGAGCGGCUGUCGCCCAUGAACGUUGUCAGCGCCAUGGGACUCGGCUUUCUCCUGGCCCUCCUUAUCUUCAUCGACCAGAACAUCGUCGUUUCACUGACGAACGCACCAGAAAACAGAUUGCUGAAGGGUACUGCAUAUCACUGGGACCUAAUGCUCUCUGGGCUCAUUAACAUCCUAAUGUCAGUGCUGGGGUUGCCCUGGAUGCAUGCCGCCUUUCCCCACUCCACCCUCCAUGUGCGCCAGCUGGCUUUUGUGGAGCAGCGCGUUGAGGGGGGGCACCUCUACGAGACUAUCGUCCAGGUUAAGGAGACCCGUCUGACGUCUCUGGCUGCCAACAUCUUCAUUGGCAUAUCAGUGUUGCUGUUGCCUCUCCCGCUGCAGUGGAUACCCAAACCUGUCCUCUAUGGCCUCUUCCUCUACAUCGCCCUCACCUCCAUCGACGGAAACCAGAUGUGCGACCGAAUGGCUCUCCUUCUGAAGGAGCAGACGUCUUACCCACCUACCCACUACAUCCGCAAAGUGCCCCAGAGGAAGAUCCACUACUUCACCUUCCUGCAGAUGAUGCAGCUGCUGGUGCUGUGUACAUUUGGCAUGUACCCGAUACCGUACAUGAAAAUGAUCUUCCCUCUGGUCAUGAUCCUCCUAAUCCCAAUCAGGAACAACGUGCUCCCUCAUAUCAUUGAGGCCAAAUACUUGGACAUAAUGGAUGCCCAACACAUGUAGCUACAGAUGGAAUAAGCUCUGGAUCCACAUAAAGACAUCUGGAAUUUAAACAAAAAAAGAAAAAAAAGAAAAUUAACAAAAACAUAUUUUUCAAUGCAAAACUGUAUGGAAAGCAAAAAGGAAAUAUAUAUCGACUGUUUUGAUUUUUGUAUCCGAUAAGAACAUUCUUUUAGGUGAAACACUGGAAAAGUGGCAAGUCAUGUGAAGAGGGACGAGAGUCGUGGGAAAUAUUUUCCAAACAUUAAACGGACAGCAUCUCUCUGAAGGGGAAAUUCUACCGAAAAAAAGGAAGGAGGAAAAAAAAAUGAAACAUAAAACGGGACCAUCCAGAACUCCCUGUUUCACUUCUGUUUGACCCUCUCAGAUUGUUCAGUGCCAUAUACCUCCAUCUUCUCCAUUCACACCUUUUACUUUUCUAUGGUAACACUUUACAAUAUCCUACUGCAGUGUGUACAUCUGUAUUUUAACCUGUGGGCAACUGCUUCAAGUAUUCACUAAUACUGCUCAAGUAAUAAAACUGCUGCCAGUGGAAAUUGCGUAUUAAUUAGAAAGGUGUAAUGGCACAAUGUCAGUAUGAACAUUAUCUAUUUUUGACACUUUGCACUCACAUUGUGUUUUUACACUGCCAUACAGGGAGGUUUGCCAUCUGUACACUGUGUUAAGUAUUGAAACUCUUUUCCAUGGACCACUUACAUGAAAGUAAUACCGCGUUUAGGCCACUGCAAAGAAAAUCUUUACCUUAAUCAUUGUGCAGUGUUAAAACCUUAACAUUCCUACACCUUUUAGCUGUGAUCCUCCCUUUUAUCUAUGUAGGACACGUGCGUCCUUACAUGUUUUGAUUCUAAGUCAUUCCAAAAACGUUAGUAUUCAUUAAGGGGUGUGUGUGUGUGUGUGUGUGUGUGUGUGUGUGUGUGUGUGU